CAAAAGCAAUGGUUUCCUUGGGAUACAGACAAAGUCAAGGAGAUCACACUUUAUUCACAAAGCACUCUUCUAUAGCAUUUUUGGCAAGAGACUAUUAUGAUAUUCUCGGUGUGAGUAAGAACGCAAGUUCUUCGGAAAUAAAGAAAGCUUACUAUGGGCUUGCAAAAAGGCUCCAUCCAGAUACAAACAAAGAUGAUCCCGAAGCUGAAAAGAAGUUUCAAGAAGUCUCGAUAGCAUAUGAGGUUUUGAAGGAUGAGGAAAGGCGACAACAGUAUGAUCAGCUUGGUCAUGAUGCUUAUGUAAACCAACAAAGCACUGGUUUCGGUGGUGAGGGUGGCUUCAAUCCCUUCGAGCAGAUAUUCCGUGAUCAUGAUUUUGUCAAGAGCUUCUUCCAUCAGAAUAUUGGUGGAGAGGAUGUGAAGACUUUUAUUGAGCUAUCUUUUAUGGAAGCUGUACAAGGGUGCACCAAAACUGUAACAUUUGAAACAGAUAUGCUUUGUAAUGCUUGUGGUGGGAGUGGUGUUCCUCCUGGUACAAGACCUGAAACUUGUAAGCGAUGUAAAGGGUCAGGAGUGUUAUUUGUACAAGCUGGCAUAUUCAGAAUGGAGAGUACCUGUGGUACCUGCAAGGGAACUGGAAAAAUUGUAUCGAAUUUCUGCAAGUCUUGCAGGGGUGAGAAGGUUGUCAAAGGAUCAAAGUCGGUCAAGUUGGAUAUUAUGCCUGGGAUAGACACCAAUGAGACCAUAAAGGUUUUCGGAGGUGGUGGAGCAGAUCCUGAUAGAGAUCAUCAUGGUGAUCUCUAUGUUACUAUCAAGGUUAGAGAAGACCCUGUUUUUCGCAGAGAAGGAUCUGAUAUUCACGUAGAUGCUGUGUUAAGUAUCACUCAGGCGAUUUUGGGGGGAACUAUUCAAGUCCCGACUCUUACUGGAGAAGUUGUACUUAAGGUUCGUCCAGGCACCCAACCUGGUCAGAAAGUGGUUUUGAAAAAGAAAGGGAUCAAGACAAAAAAUUCUUACACAUUUGGGGAUCAAUAUGUUCAUUUUAAUGUCAACAUCCCAACAAACCUGACACAGAGACAACGAGAGUUGAUUGAAGAGUUUGCCAAGGAAGAGCAAGAGGAAUUUGAUAAACGGAGAAGUGCUUCAGCUUCUGGUUGAAAAUAUCUGCAGAAUCUCCACUAUUUGUUUAUGGGAAAGUCAUGCUCAACUGGGUGGGAACCCACCUGCUAUUAGAAAUUUUGUAGGAGCAUUAAAGUUUUUUUUUUGCUUUCGCAUCCACAUAGUGUAUGUAAUAUUUUUGUCAUACUGUCAAUCCAAAUUUGAAAGGUUAGUAUUUAGAAGAUAAUUUCCCUUGAUCCUAUACAUCAAUGGAAUUGUAGUCAAUUUUGUAUAUAUUUUUCUUUUAACAGGUGUGCAAUUCACAUACUGUCAUUCUUUUUGUACCAUAAUGGUUAAACUAACCUUUACUGGGUCUGGGAUUGAUAUGCUACCUAAUCUAAAAGUAGCCUCCUUUUCAAGAA